AUGAAACGCAAUUGGUUCUAUCAGUAUUUACUGAUGCAGUGUUUAACGCUAGCAGUAACACCCGAAAGUUACUAUUCAAUAAAUGCUCCUGGUGUGAUAAAAUCAAAUCGUAAAUAUUCCGUUGUUGUAGCCCUCCAUGAGGCCAGUGGUCCGUGCUCGAUACGUGUUGGCAUUCAGGGACCCAAUUUCAAUGAGUUCAGAGAUGUAAAAUUACAACCAUUUGAAUUAAAACAGAUAGAGUUCUUACCGAAAAAAUUAACUACUGGUGACUACAAUUUAUAUGCUGAAGGCUUAGCCGGCUUGAAUUUUAAAAAUACAAGUCGGUUAUACAUACAUCCCUCCAUCUAUGGUCCAAAAAUUUACAUACAAACCGAUAAAGCCAUCUAUAAAUCUCAAGAUUUGGUUAAAUUUCGUAUUGUGAUAUUGGAUGAACAUACGAAGCCUUUAAAUAUUGAAGAACCUGUACAUGUGGAGAUAUUUGAUAGUGAAGGCAACCGUGUUAAACAAAUUAAAGACAUAUCCUUUAUACAUGGUGUCUAUACGGGGCAAUUUAAAUUGUCCAAAUACCCCAUUUUAGGAACAUGGCAAAUAAAAGUAAUUUUAGGCGGAAGAUAUGCUUAUUCCAAGACCAAAUAUAUUAACAUAGACAACUAUAUUCUACCAAAAUUCAGCGUGUAUUUAAAAACUCCUUCGGAUAUUGUUUUGAAAGAUGGCUACCUUAAGGUGGUCAUCUAUGGCAAGUAUACAUUUGAGAAAUAUGUUAAAGGCAAAGCCACAGUUGAAUUAUGGAAUGAUUAUUCAGCAGUGCCCUUGCAAACCCAGCAUGUUGACAUAGAAAAUUUAGGUUUUGUCGAGUUCAACAUUAAGAACGAAAGCGCCUAUGAUCUAAUCGUCAAGGCGAAUCUAAUCGAGAGGCACACUGGUAGAACUGAAAUAGAAAAGCAGAAUAUCCGUUUACACAGCCAACACUAUAAUUUAGAUAUUCCACACAAUGAGAUUGAAUUUGAAAAUAAUAAACCGUAUCGCCUGAAAGUUAAUGUGAAACAUUGGACUGGCGCUCCAGUUUUGGAUCACAAAACGCCCGUUACAAUGGAACAUGGCAAUAAAGUGUAUGAGUCAUUUUUGGAUGAAAAUGGUGCAGCAACAUUUGAGUUUGAACAUGAUGAAAGUGCCAAUCAUAAAUUCCAAUUUAAAGAUUCCAUAGGAAUGUUGCCUAACAUUUACACAAGUGCAAAAUUAAUGUUGAACAAUAGGGAAUACUACUGUCGACUAAAGUUGAUGGAUGAAAAACUAAAACUAGGAAAACCAGUUCAGAUUGAAGUCAGUUCUAUUCUCAGUAUACCUUAUUUGAUGUACACAAUAAUGAGCCAUGCCAGCCUAGUACAUGCAGAGUAUAUUAAUGUACCGCCCAAUCAAAAGUCCCACAUCAUAAGCAUAACACCCUCAGUUGAGAUGAUACCCGAGUCCUUCAUCUAUGUUUAUUACAUACAAAAAGGCAAUUUACGUUAUGAAGAAAUGCGUUUAAAUUUUCCAAAUGAAUUUGCAAAUCAGAUCUCACUCUCAGCUCCCAAAAAAGUGAAACCUGGUGAAGAAGUAACAAUUACCAUAAAUGCUCAACCCAAGUCGUAUGUUAGUAUAAUGGCCGUGGACUUGGGUGUAUAUUUAUUGGAUGAUACCUUUGAUUUAAACAGGGACGAUAUUCUAUCUGACUUGAUUAAUGAAAGGUCAUACUCCCCAAUAGCAGCUGAAGUAUAUCCCGGUAUAAUAUCCGGUCUGUUGACCCUAACUAAUGCUCAAUAUCCAUUUAAAAAUCGCAGUGGUGUAGCUUUUGAUUUGCAGCCUUUGGAUUUACCAACUGUUCGUCAAAAGUUCCCGGAAACCUGGAUAUUUGAAAAUUUUGUCAUCAAUGAAACAAAUACCAAAUUCACUCUUCAAAUACCCGACGCCAUAACCACUUGGCGUAUAACAGCAUUUACAAAUAAUGACGUCACCGGAUUCGGUAUAGUAAAAGGACCCACAGAUAUCACCACCAUACAACCGUUCUUCAUAUCAUUAAAUCUGCCAUUUUUAGUGAAACGUGGUGAAAUUAUCUCAAUACCCAUAACAAUAUUCAAUUAUCUUGAUCAGUCUCUAGACACGGAAGUUGUUUUAUAUAAUAACGAUCAGGAGUUCUAUUUUAUGGAAUCAACCAUACAUGAUGCGCAAAAGUCAAAUGACACCAAGCAACAAACUAAAUUCAUUACUAUACCGGCAGAUGAGGCAAAAACGGUGAACUUUCUUAUAUAUCCCAUACAAGUGGGUGAAUUAAGUUUACGAAUAGCAGCCUAUAGUUCCUUGUAUUCGGACGCUGUUUUGCAGAAACUCAAAGUUGAGCCCGAAGGUGUGCCGAAACAAAAAAGUCAGGCUUUAUAUUUAAGUAUUCCGGCAGGAGAGAAGAUAUCCUCAUCAUUUAGCAUCGAAGAACCAGUAGAUAGUGUGCCCGAUUCUGAUUAUAUUACCUUUUCUGUGGGUGGUCAUUAUUUAGUGCCCACACUGGAGAAUUUCCAUGAUCUAAUACAAAUACCCACUGGUUGUGGUGAACAAAAUAUGGUGAAUUUUGCUCCCAUUAUCUUAAUUUUACAAUAUCUUAAAGCCAAUGGCAAGCUAUCCAAAGAGAAGGUUUUAGUGGAAAGUUUACGGUCCUCGAUGGAAGUUGUCUACCAACAACAGCUGUCAUUUCGUCAUGAGAAUGGUGGUUAUAGCGUCUUUGGCAUGGGAACCGAUGAGGAGCCCAGUACUUGGCUGACCGCCUACGUGGUGCGUUACUUUAUUAAAGCUUCUCAAUUCUUGGAGAUCGAGUCGAAAAUAAUUGAUUCUGCUUUGGAAUAUUUGUGCGAUCAGCAGAAGGCAAAUGGAGAGUUUCUUCAUACAGGUUACAUAUUGAAGCCAAAUCAUAAGAAUGCAUAUGGACUUACAGCCUUUGCAUUGCUGGCAUUUUUGGAGAAUGAGAAAUAUGCCAUGAAAUAUCAGAAAACAAUACAAAAUGGAGUUGAAUUUUUAUAUUUAAAUUUAAACAAUACCAGCGAUGUUUAUGCGUUAUCCUUGAUGGCAACUGUUUUCAAUCGAGCUAAACAUCAAUAUGCCAAUACUCUUAUAAAACAACUAACAUCUCUGGGUAAAGAGGAUAAUGGUCUUAAAUGGUGGUCGGCAAAUGACCAUAAUCUGGCCAAUGAUAUAGAAAUUACUGCGUACGCUGCAAUAGGUUUGCUAGAUACGCCAGGAGAUCAUACCUCUAUUCUGAAGUGGCUUAUAGAGCAAAGAAAUGCUAAUGGAGGUUUUAUCUCCUCUCACGACACUGUGGUGGGCAUGGAGGCUUUAGUGAAGUUUUCGGAAAUCUAUAGAAAUGUCAAGAAAGUAAAUUUAAAUAUUUCCUAUAUUUUCAAAGAUCAGGAAGGCAUUGAAUUGGGGAAAGAUGAUAUCUAUGUGGACUCAAACAAUAUUUUGGAUUUGCAAAAACAUGAGCUACCAAUAACCACACGCCAUAUAACUUUUGAAAUGCAGGGCAAUGGAGCCUCAUUGGUACAAUUCAAUCAUCAAUACAAUAUUGUGAAUAUGCAGGAAUUUCGUCAUUUUACUAUUCAAAUCAAACCAAUAUAUAGAAAUGUUGAAGAAAUUAAUUUGGAGGUUUGCUUUUCUUAUCAAACUGAUUCAGACAUGUUAAACCAAACCACUAAUAUGGUGAUAAUGGAAAUAAACUUACCCUCGGGUUUUCGAUCAGAAGCAAAAAAUAAUAUGAUUUUAAAGCAAAAGAAGUUUGUGCAGAGAAUCGAGUCAGCAAACUCAGAAUCUACGAUUAUUUUAUAUUUAGAUAAGUUGGAGGCAAACACUAAACAUUGCCUUGAUAUUCCUGUAGAUAAAACGAAUGAUAUUUUAAUGCCGAAACCAGCGGCCAUUAUAAUGUAUGAUUAUUACAAUUUGAGUCGUUCAAAUACAGAGUUUUAUACUUUAUAAAUAUUAA